AUGAAGACCAGAAGCAAAAUUCCACAGCAGAACUCAACUCUUCUGUCACUUAUUAUUGUUACCGUUUUAGUUAGCUUCCCUGUUACAAGAUCAGACGACAGUAGUAAUGGGGAGUAUUUGAUUGGAGUGGGCAGCUUUGACAUGACUGGCCCAGCGGCCGGGGUCAACAUGAUGGGUUAUGCCAACAUGGACCAGAAUACCGCCGGUGUACAUUUCCGGCUAAGGGCAAGAACCUUCAUCGUGGCCGAGAGUUCCCAAGGUCCAAGGUUCGCUUUUGUUAAUCUUGAUGCUGGAAUGGCUUCGCAACUGGUUAACAUUAAAGUGCUCGACAAACUCAAAUCAAGGUUUGGAAACUUGUACACUGAAGACAAUGUGGCGAUUAGUGGGAUUCACACGCACGCAGGACCAGGGGGUUAUUUGCAGUACCUGGUUUACACUGUAACAUCUUUGGGCUUUGUCCAACAAUCCUUCGAUGCCAUCGUCAAUGCAAUUGUGCAGAGCAUUGUUCUGGCUCAUCGCAACCUCAAGCCUGGUUCCAUUUUCAUCAACCAAGGGGAUGUGGUAAACGCGGGAAUAAACAGGAGUCCGAGUGCUUAUCUGCUAAACCCGGCAGAGGAGAGAGCACGGUACCCGAAAGAUGUGGAUACUCUGAUGACUCUAUUGAAGUUUGUGGAUGGCGGAAGCGGGAAGAGCAUCGGAGCAUUCAGCUGGUUUGCCACCCACGGAACCUCCAUGAGCAAGGACAACAAGCUCAUCAGUGGCGACAACAAAGGUGCCGCGGCCAGAUUCUUUGAGGACUGGUUCACUACAACCAAUACUAGUACCGGUGCCACGAUAUCAUCUCCACCAGAUAGUAGCGUGGCAGCAGCGCUCAUAAAGAAGGCGGAAAACAUCAAAGCAACGGGAGGAAAGCCCUGCGGCAAAACAACCAGUCGCAAGUUUAAGGUUAGGAAGAACGACGGCUCACUAUUUGUGGGAGCUUUUUGCCAAUCAAACGUGGGAGAUGUGACUCCAAAUGUCCUUGGAGCAUUUUGCACCGAUUCUGGAAAACCUUGCGACUUCACUCACUCCUCCUGUCAUGGGAACAACCAACUCUGCCUCGGCCGUGGACCUGGGUACCCGGAUGAAAUACAAAGCACGAAAAUUAUAGGGGAGAGGCAAUUUCUAAAGGCGGCUGAUCUAUUCACGUCGGCUACAGAGCAGCUGACCGGGAAAAUAGACUAUCGCCAUGUGUACCUAGAUUUCACGAAUAUUGAGGUUGAUUUAGAAGGAAACAAGAAAGUGAAAACAUGCCCCGCAGGGCUUGGUCCGGGAUUUGCUGCUGGGACUACAGAUGGACCGGGUGUCUUCGGCUUCCAACAGGGUGAUCAAAAGAUCAAUUCGACAUGGAGAAGACUGAGGGAUUCGCUAAAAAAACCCAGCCAAUAUCAAGUGAACUGCCAACAGCCCAAGGCAGUUCUGCUGAGCACUGGGGAGAUGUUUGUACCUUAUGCAUGGGCGCCUGCAAUCGUUCCUAUUCAAAUGCUCAGGUUGGGGAAGCUGAUCAUACUUUCUGUCCCAGGAGAAUUCACCACAAUGGCAGGUCGGCGGCUAAGGGAAGCAGUCAAGGAGACCCUUAUAAGUAACAGCAAUGGUGAAUUUGAUGAGGAUACUCGCAUUGUAAUAGCAGGUCUUACUAAUACUUACUCGCAAUAUAUUGCAACUUUCGAGGAAUACACACAACAACGAUAUGAGGCUGCUUCCACUCUCUAUGGUCCUCACACAUUAUCAGCGUACAUUCAAGAAUUCAAUAAAUUAGCCAAAGCUAUGGCAAGGGGAGACAAAGACCUUCCUAAAGGUCCCUUACCACCAGAUCUUUCCUCUGUACAAAUCAGACUAGGUGAUCCUACUGGAGACUCACCUCCCCCAGGUACAAAAUUUGGAGAUAUUAAAGAGGAUGUCAGCUUACCAAAAAGUGGAUCAUUCCAAAAGGGAGAUAGACCAACUGCCACAUUUUGGAGCGCUAACCCAAGAUAUGACCUAUUGACAGAAGGGACAUAUGCAGUGGUAGAGAUGCGUCAAGGAAAACACUGGGUUCCUGUUUACGACGAUGAUGAUUUCUCCCUGUUUUUCAAGUGGAAUGUGGAUAGCAGUAGCUUAUAUGGCACAGCAACCAUAGAAUGGGAAAUACCGACGGAUGCAAAUUCGGGGGUGUACAGGCUAAGGCAUUUUGGUUCAGCAAAGGAAACCAGGGACUCCCCCAACACCUACUUCACCGGCACAUCUAGUGGAUUUGCAGUGUCUUAA